GUUAUUAGAAAGUCAUCAGCUCUUAGAAGCACUGUUGCAGCCGAGCCAAUUUUCAUUUGCCGAUACCUUUCCUCCCAGCCUUCUAAAUCCGCAACUCACUCGAGAUUAGCAGUAUCUACGUCUUAAUCAAACAGCAAGUUCACAUAUUUAAAGGCAUCUAAAGUAUUGAUAUCGAGACAAAUAUCAACUCUCGAAAAACAUGUACAAGGCAGUCGCAACUUUAGCAGUGGCAAUUUUUGCCUGUACCCAAAUUUCCAAUGCUGCUGUACCAGCCGCCGUUGGUCUGAGAUCCUUGGUAGGUUUGGGAGAUCCUAGCUGGGAAAUCAGGGAUGGUAACUGCACCCACGCCAAAAUAACUGAUUUGAUCUACGAAGAACAUGUUCAUGAACGCAAGCUACCGUUUUCUGCAAGAGACGCUACGGUUGAAUGGUUUGGUGAUAAGACCAUCUACUGUAUAAUGGCUAUAAGCCAGAAGUUCCAAGCUAUGGGAUCAACGGUUGAGAUCUUGAGAGGCGGAGUAGGUCACAACUUCGUCAGCUUGCACAUGAAAUCAGCCAAAUAUCACGGUUUAGAGUACAAUAUUCAAAUAUUUGGUCAUUAUAAGAGAUAAAUAAAUAAAAUGUAAUUAUAUAGUAUUUUAGUUUCCUCCAUGAAGAAAUUAUGUUUACUCAAUCAUGACUAUUACUGGUUAAGAUAACCAAAAUUGUAUGAUUCUAUCCACUAAUUCUCUUGAAAGCGUGCAUUUUGUGGCUAAAUUAUAAAGGCUCUAUCGUAGUUAGAGGCUAUACAUUAUCGGAGUAUGUACAAUAAAAGCAAACAUAAACAAAAUAGACGAUAUGGAUUGACCUAUCGUAGACGUCCAGAAGUACGAAAUAUACAUGUAUGAUGAAG